CAAAUCCUCCGUGCUCAAGGCCUCCAAUGUCAACCCCUUCUUCCAAAGGCACCACGUUCAUCUUUAAGAAUUCUGUAUUUGAGAGAGAAUUCCCGCCCUACAUUAGAAAAUACAUAGAUCAAUGCACAGAUGUAGCGGCAGACGGAAAUUGUGGAUUUAGAGCGGUGGCUCUAGCAAUUUACGGAACAGAAGAUGAUUGGGUUAAAGUUAGACAAGACUUAGUAGCAGAUCUACAGAAUAGAAGCGCCUUGUACGCUCGAAUCUUAGGUGGGAGGAGUGCGAGGAGUUCUAAUGUGACUAAUCUCAUCCAAUCGAUUGCUCACUACCAUGGACCAGCGGAUGAUGAUUACUGGAUGGCGGUACCGGAUUGCGGUCACGUAAUUGCAACAACAUAUAAUGUUGUUUUCAUGACAUUCAGUGAACAUGGAGGAAAUACUUGUCUGCCAGCGAUAUUAGAUGAAACACAAGGACCUCCAACCCGAAAGGUGGUGUGCGGACAUCUUAGCAAUGAUCAUUGGAUUUUGUUGCAUAUGAAACCAGGGGAUCAUCCGGUACCACCCAUAGCAUUUUACUGGAACGACCAUCACGACAAAUCUGCAGAUGGUUUAGAUGCACAAUUUGCAUUCUCGAUCGGUCACUUUAACCGUCUCCACAAUGAAGAUGGAGAACGUCGAGCAGCAACAAGAAGAAGAAAGAACAAUUAAUUAGGAUCGAAAAAACAAUUGAUGUAUUUCGUUGAGUAGAUUAAUACUUUGAUUUUCUAAUAAAUUUUAUUAUUAUCCUUCA